AAGGGGUCACAAUAAGUUGUACCCACAAGUUCAGUCAAGGUUACACCAAACUCCAUUGACGAAGGUGCGAUAUUAAAUGUAAAUUUUAAGAGCAGCCCUGGCAUUUUUGCCCUCUUAAGUAAAAAGAAAAAAUACGAAGAGAGGGGAAGUAAGGGUGCAGUCAGGACAAUGGCUCUGAGGAUUGCCGUGCUUAAACACAUGAGGGUUGCAGUUAAUCCUGCUGGCUCUGUUGCAUUCAGAACCCUCGGAUGGGGACCAUGGAGCAAUGCCAUGCGUUGGAUGUCCAGCGAGACAUUCCUGGAUAAGGAUGAGGUCACCGAAAGAGUGCUAUCCGUCGUUAAGAGCUUCCCCAAGGUCGAUCCUUCUAAGGUGACUCCGUCUGUGAAUUUCCAGAAGGAUUUAGGGCUUGACAGUUUGGAUACCGUUGAGAUAGUGAUGGCUUUGGAAGAGGAAUUUGCGUUGGAAAUUCCAGACAAGGAGGCCGACAAAAUUGAUUCGUGCAGCCUUGCUAUUGAUUACAUUUCUGCCCACCCAAUGGCUAAGUGAGAUAAGGCAACGCUUUUGAAUAUUGUGGGUAUGUUUGUUUUGAGGUAAUUUUUUUGUACCGUGUUUCGGGUAUAAAAGGGACUUUUGUUCACUUGGAGUCAUCAUUCAUUCCAUGAGCACUUUAAACCGUGGAAAUAAUGUCUUUGAUCAACUGUAAAUGUUGUCACACUCACAACAAUUACUUAAACUGUUGUGUUUCUUUAAUUCUUAGUCUGGACUCUCAUUGGUCUUAUUAGUUUAUUCUAAAGAAAUGUAUUUGCUAA